UCUUUUACGUCAACUUUGCUACUAGACAAUAACUAUAUCCCCCCAAAAAAAACUCCCUUCCUCCCUGCCCUUGUUCGCUCUAAGGCUCCACACACACACACACACACACAUAUAUAUAUAUAUAUAUAUAUCUAUACAUAGUCUGAUACGACCCGUUUCUUCUUAUUCUUUUUUUUUUUUGGGCGAUUGCGACGACGAAAAAAGACGACGAGUAACCAUGGCAAACACGGUUCCUAAUUACAUUUCAAUAUAUGACAACAAAGCCACUGCGAAUUUCAUUUACCUUUCCGAAAGCGUGAGCGAAGUACUCGGGUGGACGCCGGAAGAAAUGAUAGGCAAAGGAGCAUACGAGUUUUUCCAUCCGGCCGACGUGAAUGCAUUGACCAAGAUACAUUCGGCCAAUGUCAUGAAUGAGAAAAUGUCGUCCAUGACCGCCUAUCGAACACGACACAAGGACGGACACUAUGUGGUGAUUGAAACAUUGGUGCAUUACUGCUACGAUGUGUUAAUGUGUACAAACUACUUGUACGAUCCGACGGAUGCGGGACACAAGAUACGCAGCAAUUCGGUCGACGAGGUGUUUGUCGUGAACGAGGACGGGUCCUUAGAGUUAGUGGGCGCAUGGAACGAUAGUCAGGAACGUAUGCAGCGAUCACUGGAGACGCGCCAUCGAUGGGUCAAUAACCGGGUGGCGCAUGUCCAGGAACCUCGCUUUUGCCUCAUCCUGAACCGAUACACCGAGGAUUCGACGAUCGUGUUUGUGUCCCAGAUGGUGGAGCAGUUGGUCGGCGCACAGUGUGAUCAGGUCCUGGGUCGGUCGUUGUUGGAUUUUGUGAACGAGCGGGAUGCACAGGUCGUGCUGCAGCAGUUGGAUAUGGUCAAGGGUUCGGAUAUGAUCAUGCGCAUACGGUUUGAGUGGAUCACGGAUAGGGAACAUGGUGCAACCCAGCCGGUCGAGGCGAUCGUUGGAUCGUCGAACGAUGGGUUGGUCGUUGUCAUUCGAUUGGCUCCGCGGAUGACACUUCCUUGAAUGGGGUGAUCUCUCUCCUUAUCAAAAAGGCUUACCACUGCGAGAUCCCUGCCCCACCCCCCCCUCCCCAAAACAACGUCGACAUCAAGUACAAAAAGUGAGAGAAAAGAAGAACAAAAGCAAAAAUAGAAAACAUCUCGUCCAACACGUCAAAAUGUGUUGUUGAAAAAGAAAAAGAGGUCUAUACAGUCUUUUCCUUUCUCUCUCCCCCCCUCCACAUCCUACACAAAACGCGCACCGCCACUACCGUCACCACUGCCUCAUCAACCUUUCAAAUCACCAACAACAACAGCCAUUACUACUACUAU